GUGAAUUUGCCUCUGGAUUUCCUCCCUCUGCCUUCAAAAAGCAAAAGUGUUAUUGCCAAAGUUGAUUCUGAUUUCCUUGCAGAAACUGUCCACUGUCCCUUCCAUGGACAGUGCUGAAAUACAAUGCAAAUGUGAGCAGUUAAAAUACCUGAACGCAACAAAACCAGAUUGGUGCAGAAAAUCAGUGACGUUUUCCCCCACCCUUCCUUACGGAGCGCUGCUAUUUUACAGCAGUAGAAAUCCUUUUGGAGUUUCCUAGCUGACACAGAGCUACAUAUCUUUACUACUGCAAGAAGAAGAAAAGAAGAGAGAGAGAAAGAUUACUUUUCAGAAACACGAGCAUUAUCUUGCAGAAACUAUGACAUUUACUGGCUUAUUUUUCUUCUGCAUGCUGAUGAACAUGCUAACAGAUGCCCGAUCCAUCCAGGAUGGAGAUGAUCUGUACCAGGAAGCUGUAGCCUUGCCAUACUGGCCCUUCUCAUCCAACGAUUUCUGGUCCUACGUGGAAUAUUUCCGGACCUUGGGAGCCUACAACAGGAUCAAUGAAAUGGCCAGAGCUUUCUUUGCCCAGUUCCCUUUUGGGAGCCACCUUGGCUACCACGUGCCUGACCACGAGCGCUAAGUGCCUCACUCAGCUUUGCUAGGGCCAGUGCUGAGGUGUUUGGGUGAAUACCUGUCUGACAGCAAACAUACCCAGGCUGCCCUCAGCCGCUUCGUGAUACUCACUGCAGUCACACACGGCAUUUCAUGCUUUAAAUUAGUUUCCUUUUUACAAUUUAUGAGUGCCAAGGUGUUAGAGCGAAUACCUGCUAGUGAACGCACCUGGGCUGCCCUCAGCCACUUUGUGAUACCACAGCCACGUGCAGAAUUUCAUGCUUUAAAUUAGUCUCUUUUGUGCAACUUAGAGGUGCCAAUAAAUGCAGCUGGGCUGGCCUCAGCCAUUUAGUGAUACUCACUGCAGUCGCACGCAGCGUU